AUGUCACUUGAUUACGACUCAUUUACCAAUACGCGACGUGUCUGGCUCGUGACCGGUUCUUCUCAAGGUCUUGGCCAUUCCCUAGUUUUGUAUAUCCUUCGGAAAGGUGACCGCGUCGUGGCCACGUCCCGUUCCCUCUCGUCACUUCACUCUCUUCGAUCCGAAUCUGCAUAUUCUCCCUCGCAACUGCUCAUUCUUCCUCUCGAUGUCACAAGCGUGAACCAGAUUGAGGAUGUGUUCACGAAAACGAGAGAGAAAUUUGGGAGGCUGGAUGUGGUGAUAAAUAAUGCCGGGUACGGCGUUAAUGGAGAGAUGGAGAGUACGCCGGACGAUGUGGCGAGGCAGCAGAUGGAGGUGUGCUUUUGGGGCGCUGUGAAUGUCAUGCGGGAGGCGAGCAUUAUGUCACUGUUCGAGUUGGAGGUUAAUCCACCGGGACAUGGAGGAAAGAUCAUCAACAUGAGCUCUGUUGGCGGUGCAGCCGGUCUUCCGGGCAUAGGUUUCUAUGCUGCUUGCAAGUUCGCCUUGGAAGGCCUAACCGAAUCACUCAUCUCCGAACUCCCACCGGCCUGGAAUAUUCACGCCACAAUACUCGAACCCGGCGGCUUCAAGACGAACAUGCUGCCCAAUUCAAUCCUCAUGCCCCCUCACCCUGCAUAUGGACCUGACUCGCCAUCGAGGAAGUAUAUCGGGAUGUUGAGGGGCGAUGUUCCGUGUACUGGAGAUCCGGGGAAAGCUGCUGCUGUAGUUUGGGGACUUGUGGCAGGGUUCGGCCGAAAUGAGGCGAACAGUACCGAAAGGGUCGAAAUAGAUGGGAAGGAAAUGAGGGAGUGGCCUGUCAGAUUGCCAUUGGGCAGCGUGGCGUGGAGAACGUUAGUUGAAAAGGCGAAGAGAACGUUGACGGAGGCGCAGGAGUGGGAGGACAUUAGUCACUCGACAAAUUUUGACGGGAUGGGCAGGGACAUCGAAGGGAUAUAA